GAAAAAUUUUAAAGAUGGAUUAUCGUGAACGAGAUAAUGGCGGUGGAACUGCCGUUGCUAAGUUUCAAACUGACAAUACUUCCUAUUUCGAGGUUAACAGAACCCCACCUGAUGAGAAAAGGCGAGCUGAGAAAGCUGCUCUGAUGGCGGCUAGUCAGGAGAUUUCUUUCCUCCUUCUCACCCCUUUCACAGCCAUCCCCAGAAUAUCCUUUGACAAGAUAAAGCUUGGUUCUAGUGCUGUAAGGCAGCUUGUUAUCCGGAAUCCUGGAGAUAAACCACUAGACGUAUCCCUGGAGAAGCUCCCGAUCGAGGAGAAGGGGUUUGAGGUUGAUUAUGUAAAUUUCCGACUGGGAGGGAGGGAGGAGACUACACUGCUUGUUGGCUGGACUCCUCUGAAAGGAGGAGCCGUUAGAGAUAGUUUUAUAGUUAAGUUUGGUGGGUUUCGGAGCCAAGUUAUUCUGAUCGGUUCCUGUGUUGCACCAGAAGAAAAAAAAUCGAACCCAGCCCCACCGAGAAGUGUUAAACCCUUAGGUCCUAAGAAUUCGCAGAAAUUGGUGAAAGGACGGCCGACGUUUCCUGCAUCUAAGCUAAAUACAGCCCCGAAAAUCAGUAUUCCGCCGAACCCUGUGGUUCGGAAGUCUGUGUCUCCUCCGAAGCGGAUGUUUGGGGGAGGGAUCGGAGGUUCUCAUGAGAUCCUUGAGUCUUACUCCGAUUCAACCAACUCAAGACGAGAAACAUUUGUUAGAGAGAGACCUGCACCUGCCAUGAAUGAUGUGCUAGAGAGUACACCGAUUAAUCCGGGAAAAACACAGAAAUUCACCAGAGCGCAGGAGGAUCCGGAGGUGAUGGGUCCUCCUUGUAUAAUUCCCCUAGAACGGAGACAAACCUUUUCGGAGAACAAAGAAAACUCCGCCCCUGUUUUACGAAGAGAAACUUUCAAGCCUGAAGAUCUAGAGAACAGGUUUGGAAUGCCACUAAGACGAGAAACGUAUGUGUUUACGCAAACUGAAUCAUGGACGCCACAGAAACUUCAUAUAAAUCCUGAGCGUAAGAAAUGGGAAGCUGAACCUAUAGGGAAUCUCUCCGGACUGCAGAGGUUAGAUGAGAGCGCAGAGGAAAGUGUAUUUUCAAGCACCAAUACAGUCUGUGAGGAGAGUUCAAUAACAUCAAUACCAAAUAUAGUUCUCAUCGAACCUGAUGAACCCUUGAACCUGAGUGUUAAAAAGGUUCCGCAGAUAUAUCAGCCGGACGUAUCAGACAUUAGCCUCGCAGAUUUCAGUCUGAAUAUCACGGAGAAUGAGAUGAGUAUGGCCAUGAACAUGUCGGAGUUCUGUCCAGAGAGGUUAGGUGAGUUGGACCCGGAGCUAGAGGAUAUAGAGGAUAGAGAACUAGAGGCUGAAAUAGAUCGACUUGCAGAAGCUAGGGCAGCCUCCGGUUGCAGGGAUGAAAUUAUAGAUCAUGAACAAUCUCCAGCGCAAGUAGUAGGAAGCAGGUUGAGCUCCGGUACCAUGAUAAAGGUUGCUCCGUCCCUGCAUGCAUCCUUCCUACCGGAUAUAACGGAUAUAGAGAUAUCCCUGGCUAUCCCGGAGUUGGAUGUGAUAGAAACCUCGACAACUCAUCAUGAGGAGAGAAUGAUUACUGAGAAGGAGUAUAUACGCGAGGAGAUUAUUCAGGAGGUUAUUGAGUACGAGUAUGAGGUUGUGGAUAACCAGAGGGUUUGUGUUGGAGAACGAAACCUGGGACGGACUGUUACAGUACAAGAGGAAGAGAGGUUUGUAAAUACUCCGACAAAGGAGACCCGGACAACCAAGAUGAAAACGGUGACAACCGCGGAGAAACUUGACGAGCCUUGUGAUAUAUCCAGGCUUAUUGAGAACCGUCUCUGUGCUGCUAGUCCUAGGAGUAUACCCCGGGGUGUUCAUGUGACUGAAUCUGAGUUGACCGGUAUGCUGGGCAUGCUGGCUCUAUCCAAGACUUUGGAGAACCCGGAGCCAAUCCAACCCAACCAAGCGGAGAACAUAUCCCCGGUAUCAUAUUCCAAGAUGGAUUUAUUAUCGAAGAAUUACACAGGAUUACCCGGUUUGAAAGGAUCUCCUCGGAUCAGUAACCAGCAGUAUCCGUCCUCUCAGAGUUUUCUACAGAAAACUAUUCAUGAGACAAGUUUCCUUCCACCUAGUCCUGAUGAUCCUCGUCGUUGCUCAACAGGGGUCAAGAAAAAGGAAAGUUUUGAAAGCUUUGAGGUAUCCUGCGACAUUAAGAAGUCUCUGUUUAAUGAUAAACCCGAGGAAAAUGAGGAGAAACUAGGAGAAGGAGAUGAAUUCGAACCUGUUCCUCUUUCUUCAGGUGGACAUGAGCUGCCUGUAAUUUCGGAUCAUGAGCCUGGUUCUCCAAACUCCAGGCUUAGCUCUGAAACCUAUAUUGCUUCUCAGAACUCUAAACCCCUCUCCAUCAUUCAAGAGUUGGACGAGAACACUGUAUCAACUCGAGAAACUAACUUAACUUUCAUGGCGAAGGAGGAAUCUCUCGUCAGUUUAAACAAACAGGAGGAGAUAUCAAAACCAAACCCUUCUCCUCAACCUAGAAUUGAGGAACGGACGACCAUUAGUUCAAGAACUCCCAUCAGAAGACGUCGGAGCAACGUGGAGUAUAUCAAGAAACCUAUCGAGCAAAUUGCAACGGAGAAACCGGAGAAAUUAAUGCAAGCCAGUAGCUCCGGGUUCAUGUUUGUCUCCGUUUCUCCGGGCACACAAGAGAAACGGAAAUCCAUUGAGAACAAGAAACAUAAUAAACCUGAUCUAAAAAGACCCCGGAUGUCUGUUGCUGGUUUAAUCUACAGGCCCCCGGCUACAGUAGUAGCCAGUAAAAACCCCGUCCAACCUCGACCAAUUAAUGCUGCUAAAGCAAGAAUGAGUCUUCAGAAACCCAUAGGACUCAAUAAAUCCUCGGGAGGAGGAAGACGAUCUCUUCAUUCUGCUCCUAAGCUAACCCUGAGUAUACCCACUAAACCUGUAGUUAUCCAUCGUCCUAAUCCAUAUGCCUCCAGAAACAGAUACUAUGAUGAGAGAUGGGUUGAGAAGCAGGAGAAAGGGUUCUCCAACUGGUUGAACUUUAUCCUAACUCCUCAAGGACUAGAGAACGAGGGAUCAAUUUCUAUCGGGAAGGUUGAUGUUGCAAAGCUGUGGAGCCAGUGUUCCCAAGAUGUCAAGGUUCCUCGUGCUCCAACUAGAGAAGUGAUGUCAAUGCGUGCAUACACCGCAAAGCGAGAGAUGAAUCGCCUCCGUAGGUCAGCUUGUAGAUUAUGGCAGUCCAAACCUGUUGCAAGUGUGAUUAGUAAACUGGAGGUCGAGGUGGAGAAGAUGAGACUUGCAAUCCGGAAAGAUAAGAAUAUAAACAAGGAUGUUGGGAUGAAACAGAAGAUACUUUAUCUCAUACUUUCUUACAACCCUCUCUGGUUGAGGGUUGGGUUGGAAACUAUAUACGGAGAACUGCUCCAGUUGAACGGAAACAACGACCUUGUUGGACUUUCCAUGUUCCUUGUUACCAGGCUCCUGUCCUGUCCGGAUAUCCUGGCGGAGUUUGCUCAUCCCACGGUUCCCCACUCCUACAGAGAGGGACACCAGGAAGCCUUGAACAAGUUCACUCUGAAGCAGUUCCUGGAGCUGGUUUUCUUCCUUGACGUGGCCAAGGAGAAUAAGUUGAUACAACACAAUCCUUGCCUCUUCUGUCCUGACAGCAAGAUUAAAUCUUCCCGAGAAAUCCUUCUAUCCUUCUCCAGGGAUUAUCUAUCUGGAGAGGGAGAUAUUAUCAAACAUCUUGCAUAUCUCAAGUAUCAUGUAACUCAUAAACAAACUGCUCUAGAUGAGUUUGAUUAUGCUGUGACAAAUAUCAGCACUGAUCUUAGAUGUGGACUCCGUCUUUCCAAGGUUGCAGAGUUUCUCACCGGAGCAACCGUCUCAACCCAGCUUAGGGUACCCGCUGUAUCUAUGCUGCAGAAGGUUCACAACACCGAGGUUGCGUUGAAGGAGCUGAGACGGGCUACUUCUAGUAUCCCAACCAACAUCACAUCCAAGGAUAUUGUUAACGGGCACAGAGAGAAAACCUUGACUCUUCUUUGGAGUAUCAUUUAUGGAUUUCAGCUUUCAGCUAUCCUGGAUGCUGAUAAGCUCAGGGAAGAAAUUUUACAUCUGCGACGAUCCCUUCGUGUUCGAAUUCGUCUGGGGGAUACUGCAGCGAUCAAGGGAAUGAAUUUCUUGACAGAGCUGGCGUCUAGAUCUCCAGGCGUUGAAUCCGAGUCAGCUGUCGAUGGAGCUGAUGUAGUGUUGCUUAAGGAGUGGGCGCAGUUGGUGACAGCCCAUUACAAUGUUGAGGUUGAGAACUGGACUGUAUCCUGGUGUGAUGGACGAGGAUUAUGUUUCCUCCUCUACCAUUACCAACCUGGACUAAUCACUCUCCAGGAUAUAUUCCAGGAAACCACAACUACAAGCUUAGCUGGGUCUGCCGCCCUGGAUGAUAGUUUAGAUUUCAGCUACGGACAGAAAGGAGUAGAUAAGGAACAGCACGCGGCUCUUCUUGAAAACGAAAAGAAAAAUUUUAAACUGCUGCUCAGUAAGGUUGCGGAGCUAGGAGGAGUUCCUAUUCUAAUCAACCCUGGAGAUAUGUCCAAUACUAUCCCUGAUGAAAAAGUUACUUUGACCUUUAUUGGAUACCUGGCAGCUCGUCUACUAGAUAUUUCUAGGGAGAUCAAGGCCGCCCGUGUUAUCCAGCUAGCCUGGAGAAAAUACUACGCCGUGAAAAGAGAGGAGAAGAUGAAGGUUGAGAUUGCGGCUGCUAAACUGAUUCAGAGAGAGGUUCGACGCUUUCUCAAGAUCCGAAGAUUUGAACGAUAUCUAGCCGCAGCGAUAAAAAUACAAACUGCGUUCAGAGGAUAUCGAGCCCAUCAGGAGUUAUUGAGACUCCGAGUAGAUAAGCGUAGAGGAGAACUAGAGAGAGCAGCCCUAGUUCUACAGAGAUACUGGAGAACUAGAUCCUGCAGGAUCCAACUUAAGCUAAGAAAACAAAGUUUGAUCAAGAUUCAAUCUGUCAUCAGAUGUUUCAUCGCUAGACGAAGAUAUCUGAAGACUAGAACUGCUGUUAUUAUGAUCCAGCGUCGAUAUCGAGUCCGACAUGUCGGACAAUCCUUUAGAAAAGAAUUCUUGGCGAUGAAAUCUGCCACGGUUAGGAUCCAGGCUGUGUGGAGAGGAUAUAUGAUACGGAGAGAAGCAGAAAAGAUGAGAGUUGCUGCGACGAAAAUACAAUCUGUACUCAGAUGUGUACUCGAGAGAAGACGGUUUGUAACUCUCAAGAAAACUGUUGUUCAUAUUCAAUCUAUGUACAGAGCUAAGAUUAAGUGCAGAUCUAUAAGAUCAAGUUUUAUAGAACAAAAGAGGAGUUGUUUAAAGAUUCAAUCCUGGUUCAGAAUGAGACUGAAUUCUAGAGUCUAUAUGGAGAAGAGGAGAAGUGCAAUACUAAUCCAGUCCGUGCUUCGUGGAUAUCUUUGUCGACGAGAGCUGCGUAAACAAGAAUCUGCGGUCUAUAUUAUCCAGACAAGAUGGAGAGCAGUCAGAGAAACCAGGAGUGCAGUUGUUAGGUUUCAGUUUACACGGAGUAAGAUUGUAACCCUGCAGAGCUGGUUCAGAAUGAUGGUACAGAGAACUAGAUAUCUAACCCUGCGGAGAAGCAUAAUUAUGGUUCAGGCCUGUAUCCGCGGAAACCAGGUGAGACGGGAGAAAGAGAAGAAACUAUCUGCGGUGUUGAAGAUCCAGCAGUAUUGGAGAGGAUCAAUGGAAACCAGGAAACGAGUUGCAGGAUAUCAGUUAAUCCGUUACAGCGCAGUUGUUCUUCAAGCCUGGAGCAAGAUGCUUUCUCACAGAAGGAAAUAUUUGGCCCUGAAGCGCUCCGUUGUUAUGAUUCAAUCUAGAUUCAGGGGAAACCAGACCAGAAACCUUAUCCAGACUCAACACUUAGCAGCUUCUAGUAUACAAACCUACUGGAGAUCAAACAAGGUUUCAAAACAGGUUGCAUUAGAAUACCAGAGAAAGAGAUCUGCAUCUGUUUAUAUCCAAGCCUGGUUUAGAAUGCAGGUUAAACGAGUAUCAUACCAGAAGGUUCAACAUGCUGUUGUACUUAUACAGGCAAAUGUUCGAGGAGUUCUGGUUCGAAACCGUUUCAGUCUAGAGAAAUCAUCUGUCACCAAGAUCCAGCGCUAUUGGAGAGGAAUGCUUGAAACAAGAAGAUUGGUAUCCGAUUAUCAGACACAACGAUAUAAUGUAGUUCUCCUGCAAUCCUGGUAUAGAGGUGUUUCGCAGAGAAAUAAAUUCUGUAAACUGAAACAUUCAGUUCUCCUUAUACAAUCCAGAUUAAAAGGAAAUCUGACCCGAAAAUUAAUAAAAGGCCAACAAUUAGCUGCUCUAAAGAUCCAAGCUUACUGGAGAUCAUACAAAGUAUCGAACCAAAUAGCGGAAGAGUAUCAGAGUAAGAGAAAGGCAGCUUUGUUAAUCCAGUCCUGGAUUAGGAUGCAAGUUCAGAGAAUAUCAUAUCAGAAAAUCCGGGUAAGCGCUGUAUUUAUUCAAGCCCAUACUAGAGGUAUCCAGGUUCGAACACGUCUAAGACUGGAGAAAUCGUCAGCUACUACAAUUCAGCGCUACUGGAGAGGAUAUAAGGAAACUAGAAUAGAACGCCGUAAGUUCUUGAAGUAUAAGACUAAUGUCAUUCAGAUACAAAGCUUAGUCCGCGGUUUCAUAGAAAGAAAGAGAUAUAACUCGAUAAAGAAAUCUGCCAAACUGAUCCAAGCCUAUUUCAGAGGCAAGAUUGUCAGAGAAACUCUAAUGACUGAAAAUAGUUCAGCUCUGGUCAUUCAAACCUACUGGAGAAGAUACCAACUUACUAAAGCUGACAGAGCCAGAUAUCUGAAGCUGAAGUCUUCAGCAAUACUGAUUCAAUCUCAGUUUAGAAUGCUCCAGGCUAGGACCAAGUAUAGAACACUGAGGAAACUCUCUAUCAUAGUUCAGAAAAAUAUGAAAAGGUUUAUCGCAGUACAGAGGUAUAAGCGCCUCCUAGCAGCGGAUAGAAGACGAAGAGAAGAGGAGAUUAAGAGUGCAAGUUUGAUCCAGUCUUGGUUUAGAAAUCUCCGUCUCGGACGAGAAACUAGAGCAGAGUAUAAUCGUCAAAGAAACCUCAUCAUCUUUGCUCAGGCUUGUUUAAGAAUGAAAAAGGAAAGGUCCGCGUUCAUGUUGAAAAGAGACAGUGCUAUUAAAAUCCAGGCGGCUUUCCGAAAAAUCCGAGAAUUCAAAAAGUACACCGCUAAGAAAGAAUCUGUUCUGAAGAUUCAGACUUGGUUGAGGAGCAGCCUGAAGGUCAAGAAGACUAGAACUGAGUAUUUGAGAACAAAGACUGCUGCUGUAUUCAUUCAAGCUAAUUUUAGAGCUUGGAGAGCACAGCGGGAUUAUAAACUAAAGAAAAGAAGUGCUAUCAAGAUACAAUCCCAUGUUAGGAAAGUAAUCGCAAAAAGACAAUUCCGUUCUCUCCGUCUUAGAACGGUUCAAGUCCAGAGGAUGUUUCGUCAAAGAAGCUUGAUGAGAGUGGAUAGAUCCAAGUUUAUUCUCCACAAGAAGGCUGCAAUUUGUAUCCAGGUUCGAGGUUAUCUUGCUAGACGAAGAACAGAACUGCUAAGACGAGAACGAACUGUGAACUUGAGUGCACUGAGAAUACAAACAUGGUUCCGGAGACUGCUGGCGGUCAGGCAGUUAAACCUACGCAGAAAAGAGAAAAUUCAACUUGGCUCUGCUGUAAUUAUACAAACUAGGAUAAGAGGAUUUAUCGCUAGAAAAUUGUAUUUACAAAAGAAAAAUGCUGCGCUAACUUGUCAAAGUAAAUGGAGAGCUGUUCUUGUGGGAAGAAAAGAACGAUCCUUCUUUUUGCUUGAAAGACGGUCGGCGAGGACUUUGCAGGCUCAGUGGAGAAUGAUUCAAUGCAGGAGGAGAUUCGAACUAAUGCGGAGAAACAUCAUCUUCUGCCAGUCCCGGGUUCGAGGAAAUCUUGAAAGAAAACAAUAUUUAAGAAAAAGGCAGGCAGCAGUGAGGAUACAGUCGUUCUAUCGUGCAUGGAGAUUAGGACAGGAAGCACUACUCAGCUACAAUAUCGCAAGAACCUCUGCUAUUAAAAUACAAGCCUGGAGCAGAAUGGUUUCCGUUAGGAACCAAUUCCUUGGAAGAAAAAGAGCCGCGAUGAGAUUACAAUCUUGGUUCCGAGGACUCAGCGCUAAGUUGAACUACUCCAUGAUAAAGCACUCCACCACUGUUCUACAGCUGAGAUGGAGAGCUGUACUUGCAGGUCGGGCUGAACGAGAUCAAUAUUUAAGGGUUAAAAACGCGGCUGUACUUAUUCAGAGUGUUUGGAGAGGACAUGUUUGCAAAUGGGAGUUUGCUAGGCAGAAAGAAAGUAUUUUGAUCUUGCAGAAGUACACAAGAGGUUUUCUAGCUCGAAGAUACACCAAGAGAAAGCGCGCAGCUUUAGAUACAAUUCAGAAAACUCUCCGAAGUUACCGAGCCAUGAAGAGAGAGAGGUCAGAGUUUAUUCUGAAGCGUGAUUCUAUAGUAAACUUGCAGCGAAUUGGUCGCGGAUUUUUAGCCCGCCAGGAAUUCAAGAAAAUCCGCGAAGAUGCUGAAUACAGAGAACAGCUGAAACUUGAAUAUGAGCGAAAAGAAGAGGAAAGGAGACAAAAUUCUGCAACAGUUAUAGUACGCAUUUUCCGUCGGUUUGUCAUCAGAAGACGACUUUUAAAGCGCGUGAGUGCCGUAACGGUAAUACAAAAAUACUGGCGGGGCUACAGGAGUAGGAUGGUUUUGAAGGAGAAAUGGGUUGAACUGACUAAACAGUUGGUAGUGAUCCGGGAACGAUUAGACAAAGCGACCGCUACGGCCGAACCGAAAGACAGACUAGGAGCAAGAACUUCCUCUGCCAUAGAUUUCCUCUUCUCGAUCAGAGAUGUAGCUGAGCUGAUCUGUGCGGUUAAAACUCUGGAUAUUGCGACAAGACUCUCCGAGGACUGUUGUAAAAAACUCUCUCAGGGUGAGAACAAACCUCUGGCGCAGCUGAUGAACUUGAUUAACAGAAUGAACAGAUCAGUCCCGCAUAUGGAGGUUGUAACUAUCUCUCUGGACGUCCUCAUCAAUAUUGCCCGGGUUGAAUCAUGCAAAGAUUUCGUGUGUUCCAUCCCGAACCUGAUCCCGGACUUGUUCCAGAUAAUGGUUGUGUUCAGGGACUCCGGGGGGAGUAUUUUCAGUAAAAUAUGCGCUCUUCUUCAGAUCCUAUCCAAGAACUCUCAGACUAAAGCUGAACUGAUAAAACCUGUGAAUAUGCGGAAACUACAAGAUCAUCAAACCAGGAUCAGUACUAAGCAGAAACUCAAGGAGCAGAACCAGAAGAGGAGAAGUUUCAACCCUGGAGCAAUGCCUCCGCCCAUGCAGCAACGACGACCUAGUGCAUCUCUAAACAUUUCGGUCAACCCUAACCUUACAACCAAGGUUGAAGGGAAAAAGAGAAAAGGAAGUUCAAGCCUUGCUUCAGGUCCCCCUUGGUACCCGGAGAUAAGACCAAGGUUCCAUGACGAUCCCAACACGGCCGUCUCAGCGCUUAUUUGCGUGCUGGAGCUAAAAUAAAUAUUUUAUGAUUUGA